CGGGUGGGGAAGAAAAUGACUGUCCCGGGUUUGUUUGUCCGUUAGAGACCGAGGCGGUGAGUUUAAAUGUGAGAACACACACACACACACACACACACUCUGGAGCACUGAGGGCGGGACAUUUACACACCACACACCGAGAAGUUCCCAGUGUGAGAUGGAGCCCAGUGGAACCCUGUAUGAUCUCCUCCACACCACCUCAGAGCGACCUGCAGCGCGGCUGGGCCGUGACGAGGACACGUGGAGCGAGGAGGACGAGCUGAGGGACCAAUCGGACGCUCUGGACCAAACCCACAUCCUGUGUACAGAGACAGAUGUGACUCUGCCCUCAAACCUAGGGUGCAUUUCCAGUUCGUUUGAGACCGAGCGGGCGUGGCCCGGCGGGGGGGCGGGGCUAAGGAGCCCUGUACCUGUGGAACAGGUGUACCAGGAGAUGAUCCAGAUUUAUGAAAAGCUGCAGGUGAGAGCGGCCGAGCUGAGCGAGCGUGAACGUGAGAUUGAGAGGAGAGAGAAACUCCUCCUGAAGCACCAGAGCACCGUGACACGACUCCUCAACACAGAGGGAGGUGGACUCGACCGUGUUAACACCCUGCAGCAGGAACAUGAGCAGGAGGUGGAGAAGCUCAGAGCCGCGCUGAGGGAGAAGAGCCGAGAGAACCGCAGGAUCAAAUCCAGUUUCGACUCCAUCAAGGACCUGAAUGAGACCAUGAAGAGACAGUUGACUGAAUUGAGUGAGCAGAACACGAGGCUGGAGGUCCAGUCACAGAGAGUCCACGCUCGGCUGGAGAACCUGCAGAGAAAGCAGCAGUACUCCGUGUCACACCGAGGCCGGGAAAACAAUCUGCUGAAGUCACAUGACCCCAAACCCUCUAAUCAGGAUAAAGCUCCGCCUCCUAGCAAAGCUAUCAGGAGCUGCUCGAGUGUCCCGGCGGUGAAGCUGCUCUCGUACCUGAUGGACUGGAUGCUGGACGGACCGCCUUUAACCACAGACGACCCGAAUACAGAGAGGCAGUGUGACCUGUAUGGGGUUCCUCACCCCUCACUGCAGGAGCGCUGUGCCAAGGUUCUCCCUGUUCUACUCGAGCGGUUCCAGCAGGCCGAGACGAGCCGCCACUUACCGCUCCUGCGCUUCAUCCACCGCGCGCUCACACAGCUGGACCACAGCGCUCAGCACCUCCCUUUGACCACUACACUGAGGAGAUUAGGAGAGGAGGUGACCCGUAAAUCUCCCCCUCUGUUCAGGAGCUCCUGUCCUCACACACGCUUCCUGUCCUCCAUCCUCGUCCUCAAAACACUCAGCCAGGCGGACGUGUUGGUGCAGGCCCUUGACGUCCUGCACAGCGUGGUGGGAGAGGACGAGGGGCGUGGCCUGUUCCUGAAGUACAAGGCCCUGUCCACCGUCCUGUCUCUGCUGAGGACGGGAAGUCCGGGACUGCUCGCACCAUCACUGGACGUCCUGCUGCAGAUGAGCGCUGACUCACGUCACCUCCCUGACUUCCUGGAAGCGUGCAGCACUGAUCAGUUCUUCCGCUGCGCCGCCGUUCUCCUCCGAAACCCACGUCUGGACCUCGUGGUGGCCGAGAAGCUCAGCGUCCUUCUCCAGAAGCUCUCCUGCAUCAGAAAGAACCGGCGUCUGUUCGAGACGUUCUCUCUACACCUGCUUCUACAGGAGACGCGACACGCGGCCGAUCCGUCUCGAGCCUUCUUAAACAUCAACUUCAGCUCCAUCCUGUUUAACCUGGGCGUGGCCUCGCACCCCUGACACGCCCCUGACACGCCCCUGACAUGUUUUGUACAGAACACUCCUGUUCUGAUCAUUUCUGUUUAAUUUAUUAUUUAUACGUUAGACUUCAUUAUGAUUCACUCAGUGUGUAUUAAAGUGUUUGUUAUUCACAUCAUAA